AUGGUAAGCACACAGCAUAAACAAGAGUCUCACGACCUGGCAGGCUACGAAGCAGGCGGCUUCAACGACCCCUACGUCCGAGUGACUCUCCUACCCGAGGUGGACACCCGCGUGCGGCAGACGCCAGUCCACCGGAAUGAGGCCAACCCCUUCUUUGACCAGCACUUCAAGUUCCCCGUGUCGCAUGACGACCUGGGAGAUAAGGUGCUGCUGUUGCAGGUCUUCGAUUAUGACAGAUUCUCCCGCAACGAGGUGAUGGGGUCAGCCAAGGUUCCCUUAUCCCGCGUGGAGGUAGCAGGAGGCGCCGAGGUCUGGGCAGAGUUAUCCCGCGAGAGACGCCCUCCGGAGGAGCUGCAGGAACUCCUGCUGUCUCUGUCGUACCUGCCCUCAGCAGAACGGCUGACUGUGGUCGUUCUGAAGGCGCGGAAUCUGCUGCCACCGCAAGAGGGAAAGGAUGCUUUGGAUGUAUUUGUAAAGGUAUAUCUCCUCGUGAACGGGAAGAGAGUGAAAAAGAAGAAAACAAAUAGGAAAGAGAUAAACAAUCCCGUCUGGAACGAGGCCCUAUCGUUCAGCCUGCCAUCUGCCAAUCUUCAAGAGGCUUCAAUUGAGGUGUGCGUGGUGACCGGUGGCGGCAGCGGGCUGGUGGUGGGCUGGUGUUGCGUGGGCGCCGCGGAGCCCGCCGCCGAGGGGCGUCACUGGGCCCAAAUGGCGCACGAGACGAGGAAGGCGGUGGCCAUGUGGCACACGCUCAGAUAG